CUUCACAGUGUCUGUGGUUUCUUCUAAAAAUAGAGGUGUUUUAAUAAGAGUGUCUUCAAAGACCCUCAGCAAACAAGAGAGUUUUCAGUCUCAUUGUGUUCAGACUCUUUUGCCAAACAAGAUGCUGCGGAGAAUCAUCCUGAUCACCCUGCUGAUAUCCUCAGUUUGUGCCCUUCACUGGGAAAUGCACAAAGAUGAUUCCAUUGGAAAUGAAUUUGAAGAAAGCUCUGGUGAGAUAGAAACAGAACAACUCCCUGGAAAGUGCUGGGCUUGCAAGUGGGUGAUGAAGAAACUGAAAAAACAGAUCUCCAAUGGAGCAACUCCGGACGACAUUAAAAAUAAGCUGGGGGUGGUCUGUGAUGAGAUUGGCUUCCUAAAGUCAAUGUGUAGGAAGUUAGUGAACCAGUACAUGGACACUCUGGUUGAAGAACUUUCAACUACUGAUGAUGCCAGAACCAUCUGUGCUAACAUUGGUGUUUGCAAGAAAUAGGCAUGGAGUUAAUGAGCUUAUAACAUUUUAAGAAUCAUAUUUGAUGAAUUUAAGAAAUGCAUUAGCCAUAAUGAGCUUUUCAAACAGCUUUUUGUGUGAGAUACUGCAAGAUCUGCUACUGCAAGAUUAUGAUGUGACAACAUGUAGCUAUACGAUAAAAUAAACAAUUUUGACAGGAAAAA